AUGCAAGAACCCGGGUUUCCCACCGGCUCCUCGCUGUCCCCAAACGCCCAGAGGAAGAGGACGCGGCGGCGGCGCACGGUGUUCAGCGCACAACAGCUGCGGGUCCUGGAGGAAUUCUUUGAGAGGAAACGCUACGGGACCUAUGAGGAACGCGAGACCCUGGCGGCCAGGCUGAACCUGCAGGAGCACCAAGUGCAGGCAUGGCUCCAGAACCGCAGGGACAAAGACCACAGGCUGCAGCGACUGCGAGGGAAUCCCUGUGAGAGAGCCCACGCUGAGCCGCAGAAACUGGGAGUCUGCGCCCCUCAGGCUGCUCCUGAGCUUGCGGGCCCUGCGUAUCAGGAGGACCCUGUGCUGCCGGCCAGCCCUGUGCUCCCUGCCAGCCCUGUGCUGCCGGCCACAGCAGCCAGGAUGCAAGAACCUGGGUUUCCCACCGGCUCCUCGCUGUCCCCAAGCUCCCCGAAGAAGAAGACACGGCGGCGGCGCACGGUGUUCAGCGCACAACAGCUGCGGGUCCUGGAGGAAUUCUUUGGGGGGAAACACUACGGGACCUAUGAGGAACGCGAGACCCUGGCGGCCAGGCUGAACCUGCAGGAGCACCAAGUGCAGGUGUGGCUCAAGAACCGCAGGGCCAAAGACUGCAGGCUGGAGCGACUGGGAGGGGAGGAAGGCCAGGGAGCCCACGCUGCGCCCCAGGAACCGGCAGUGAGCGCCCCUCAGCCCCGGCCUGCGCCUGCGGGCCCUGUGUCCCAGAAGGACGCUGUGCUCCCCGCCGGCCCUGUUCUCCCUGCCGCCACACUGCACCACCGGGGCCCAGGUUUCUGCAGGCUCACUCCGCACAGACCCUUGCAAGUCUUCCCAGCAGUAGAUCCCAGUGCUUUUCGUUGCCUGUUACAUAUCUGUUUGUUCUUUCUAUCUAUGGCAAACGGAUGCCGUCAAACCUAA